AUGAAUACCCACCCCCCCAUUAUGUGCGGCAUCUUCAGCACAAGUGGAUUGCGGAUAGAUGAUUUUCGGAUUGGUGAAUCUAUUACUUAUGGUAUUAGGAUAAAAGAAAUUCUCACAGACCUACUGCUUAAUAUCGCCAAUGAGGCAGCUGUGCAAAAUCUUCGCACUGUGUUUGUUACACGGGAGUCGCUAAAGGAGCGACAUACCAGGCAUGUCCACGGAACAUUUGAAAAGGCGACCUCCAACUGGGACAAUAUCCACCUUUUGCAUCUGCCCGACGAGAGAUCGCUCAUACAAUGGUUUUCCCGGGUACAUUUGGCAAAGCGUUUUGCAGACUUCAUCAUCCUCCAUGAUUUGGAUAUUCUCUGCUCUUGGCAAUCUAUCACAUCGACGAAUGUGCUCCGGCUGACAAGCUUGAUGGAGGAGACAAGACAGUUUGUGCAUUCUGCCACCACUGUCCACGACCACGGCCACGGUUGUCGUCUUUUGGUGACGUGUGGUGUAUCCUCAGCUACUACAACAUCCUCCACUCCGGCCCUCCCCGCUCACAGUUUACGUGAAUCGUUAUGGUUCAGUACACUCGACGAUGCUGAUCAGUACUACAUCGAUUCCGUGUGGCAUGACUGGCGACUAGAACUAGUACAGCGAGCUGAUGAGCUUUUUUGGAAGAGUUUCAUGCCAGAUCGAAAUGUCUCCAUCACUACCACCACCACCACCUGACCUGUGCACAGCAAUUCCCUCAUCGCACACUGCAUUUCGCUUUCUGUCAUAUGUCCAUGGAUCCGUGCUAUUCUCUUGUUGUAUAGUUUGUAGAGACUCCUACAAUUUUUUAUUUCGCGUUUUCUCUUCUAUUCACGGACUCAGCUGUGUAAGCGUUAAAACACUUAGAAACCUUGAGCGAUACGCGCAGCCACCGGUUGUCCAAAUGCAAGCUCGGAACGGAUCCGCAAUUCCCGGUGUAACUGUGGUGUUAUUGACUAAUAACAAUAAAUGCCAAAAGUGACA